AUGGCAACGAAAACCUCGCUUGGGGAACGUCAACUACCUGAAGCAGGCACGGUGAGCGGGCGCGAACCCAUUGAGGCGGAAGUAGCGGCAGCGGAAGAGCUCCAGCUGUUCGUUAGCAACCGCGGUGAUGGGUUUGUCUCAUAUCUAUCGCAGCGCUCGCCGACCCCAGUGGAUCUGAGCUCUCUCCAAGCGCGAGACCGAUCUUCUGAAGAAGACGAAAAUGAGGAUGAGGACCUUUGCAACGACGACGACGAGCUCGACAGUGACGAUGCUGACGUCUUCUCCGGUGUUACUGCUUCAUCAGCAGGUCGGCUGUCAAGCUCCCCUGGGAGCGACGCGCUGGAUGUGACUUCCGGGGCAACGCCAGUUCAGAAGCUCAGCUGGAGAGCCAGCUCUGGAUCGCUCAGAACUCCCAAAACGGGUUCAAUUGAGACGCCGAAACACCGCGUGACGGGUGUUGGAUCCAAUGCAUCGGAUCGGUGGGAGUCCGAGCGGAGCGCCACGCGCAAAACACCGAUGUCACCAGCGCGGAUGAAACUUGCAACGUCCGCGCGUAGGAUUCCGCAGCGAUACUCCAUGGCGGCACAGUACGUCAGCGAAGUUCCAGAUGAGAUGUACGCCGAAGUGCCGCUUGUUGCUGCGCUCAUUACGUAUGCUAUGUACGCGGUGGUUAUCGUUCUGGGGUAUCUGCGUGACGCUUUAUCGAAGAUUUUGAAACGACGAAGAUACGCGAUGAUCAAGCCGCAGGGCUGUGCUCCGUUGCUUUCGGAUUUUGAGGAUUUCUACACACGCCGGCUCUACCGCCGCAUCGAAGAUUGCUGGUCCCGACCGAUUUGCUCAGCCCCAGGUGCCUACAUCGACGUCAUCGAGAGGCGUUUUCGUACACCGAAGGAGCGGGAGCUUCUCCUGCAAAAGGGCAUACUUGAGAGAUGGGCGACGAAACCGCCGCAACUGAAGCCAGUGGAGCUCAUCCGGGAGGGCACCAACGAGGUGAUUGGCUGGAUUCCACAGGCACCAUUCACAGCAGCGCUGACCUAUACAGGUCGCGUCAAGCGGUGCCUUAACCUCAGCUCCUACAAUUAUCUCGGAUAUGGCGAGGUGCCGGGCGGUGUAGAUGCAUCCGUGCUGGAAACUCUGGAUAGGUACGGCGUUGCCACUGGCGCUGCGAGAGAGAGCGGUUGCACGGCGGUGCUUCGCGAGCUCGAGCAAACGGUGGCACGUUUCGUGGGCAAACCUGAUGCAAUCGUCAUUGGUAUGGGCUUCGCAACGAAUUCUAUGAUCAUUCCGGCGAUCAUUGGGAAAGGCGGCCUCAUCAUUAGCGACGAAUUGAACCACGCGAGCAUUGUGGCAGGCGCGCGUUCGUCAGGGGCGCGUAUCCGAGUUUUUCGACACAACGAUGCCAAAGACCUGGAGCGCGUCCUCCGAUCAGCGAUUGCUGAGGGUCAGCCAAGAUCGCACCGCCAAUGGCGUCGCAUUCUCGUCGUUGUAGAGGGUAUCUACUCCAUGGAGGGUGCGAUCUGCAACCUUCGCGAGAUCGCGCGCGUGACGCGCAAAUACAAGGCAUUCCUCUUUGUCGACGAGGCGCACAGUAUUGGUGCGCUUGGAGAGCGAGGUCGUGGUGUGUGUGAGUUCACCGGGGUCGACCCGCGAGAUGUCGACAUUCUGAUGGGCACCUUCACCAAGAGCUUCGGUGCAGUAGGUGGCUACGUCGCAGCCUCGCGGGAGCUGGUUGCACACCUGCGACGCACAGCGCCCGGUGCCCUGUACGCGUCCACCAUGUCGCCUGCUUGUGCGAAGCAUAUCCUAUUUGCGAUGCGUCAGAUCAGCGGCGAGGAUGGUACGGAUAUUGGACGGAGGAAGCUGACGCAACUGCGGGAAAAUUCGCUCUACUUCCGCCGGCGUCUCUUGGAAAUGGGUCUGCAGACGAUCGGCAGCACGGGGUCUCCUGUAAUUCCGAUCAUGCUCUAUGUACCUUCUGUGAUUGCCGAGUUCAGCCGCGAAUGCCUCAAGCGCGGCCUCGCAGUGGUCGUGGUCGGUUUCCCCGCGACGCCCCUCAUUUUGAGUCGUUCACGGAUUUGUAUCAGCGCGGCCCAUAGUCGCGAGGAUUUGGAUUUCGCUCUGAAUGUAAUUGAACAAGUUGCGGAUCUUCUGAAAAUCCGUUACUUGCGCAAGUGA